UGCUGUAGCAGCCGGAACGUAUAAUUUGACGGACUGCAAGCUUGUGAUCGAAACCAAGCACGCGUGUUUGAAAAGCAACCUACUGUUUGGUUUAAAGUAACAGUUAUUUAAACGUUAUUAUAAAAACAUUUUGUUUGUGCCUGUACACGUAUAUUAUGGGUACACCUUUAAAUAUAUAACAACUGAAAAUAAGCUUACCAGAAGGUCUCCUGAAACAAUUUGAGCUGUCAACAGUGAUCUGUUCUGUUUGGCGAUUAGUUUGGUUCACCUAACUGUUGCUAGCUAUUUGGCUAGCGAACGGGAAUAGACAUGAAAAAGAAAUCUACAGGAAACAGCGAACCCUCGGAGGUACCCGAGCAGACGGACAGCUAUGUGGUGGGACAGAUAUCGGGCAGUUUGUUCCCGAAGAAAUCCUCAUCUGGCUCCGGGCACUUAGCUGCUUUAUUCAACACCGAGUCCUCCGCUUCUAGCGUGCUGUUUGUACCUGCACCAAAGCCGGUCGCAAAAGCCACAGAGAAGAACACAGAAGAUGCAGGGUCUGCAAGACCGGCUGUUCAGACACAAAAGAAGGUGGCAAAAAAGAAAGAAAAAUCUGCGGCCGAGGAAAAGCUGGAAAACAGGGAAAGCUCUUUGCAAAACGCCGAUGUGGAGGAGGAGGAUGGGGUGAAGAAGACGGCCAAGAAAGGCAAACGCAAGGCUGCUGAUGCGGGGCGAGGGGAGGAAGAGGAGGGGGCGCCGGCUCGGAAGAAGAAGGCCGUCAACAUGGCGGAAGAGAGGAUAAAGAACAAGAGGACGGUGUUCGUGGGGAACCUCCCGGUCAGCUGCACCAGGAAGGCCCUGCAGAUUCUCUUCAAAGAACACGGCCAGAUUGAGUCCAUCCGGUUCCGCUGUGUGACACGGGAAGACCCAUCCAUCUCCCUGAAAGUGGCAGCUAUACAGCGAAAGGUCCAUCCCAAACGACAGAACAUCAACGCCUACAUUGUUUUCAAAAGCGAAGAAGGGGCAGAAAAGGCAUUACUAAGGAACGGCCUGGAGAUUGAGAAGGGCUUCCACAUCCGAGUCGACCGAGCGUCCAAAUCUACUGCCCAUGAUCACAAGAGAUCUAUAUUCGUUGGAAAUCUACCAUAUGACGUGAACGAGCUUCCCCUGCGGACUCACUUUGAGGAUUGUGGGAAGGUGGAGGCUGUGCGUCUGGUGAGGGACAGACACUCCGGGAUGGGAAAGGGCUUCGGCUACGUCCUGUUUGAGAGCGCAGAUGCAGUGCAGCUGGCCCUGAAGCUGGACGGCUCUGAGCUGGCGGGCAGGAAGAUUCGGGUGAAGCGCUCCGUGAAGAAGGAGAAACUGAAAAAGGCGGCCCCAGGGAAGGGCCCCAGAGCCGGAGCCGCCAAGAAGCCCGGGAAGGGAGACGCAGCCACAGCAAAGGACUCUGGGAAAGCAACGGGGCCGCAGAGGGGGCCGAAAGGGGGGUUGAAAGGACGGCCUGAGAGGGGACCCCAAAACAAGCCCUCCUCAGGCCCCCCUCAGCGUAGGCUGGGCAAACCGCUCGGGGGGACGUCUUUUAAGGGGGAAAUGGCCACUCCUGGGGGCGACAAAGCCAAGAAGGGCAAAGGACCAAAGAAGAAGAAAUUCAAACCGAGGAAACGAGAUCAGGCUGUCCACAUUUGAAGGGUGUGCGUCUUCCGCUCGCUUAACUUAUAAAUAUUAAUAGCUAACACUUCUGUCGUUUUGACGGACCCAGAAAUAAAAGAUUUUUUGUUAUAUAGAA